CAAACUUUCUGGUACUGAAUAUAAUAUUCGGAAAUUGAUGACAUAUGAUUCAUCAAAAAACUAGGAUGUAACAGUGGAAGAGGGAGAGAGAAAGAGAGGUGAAGAAACUCUGAUGAAAGGAAGUAAUCCGACGGCAUGCUGUGUAUCAUAAGUUGUUAAGGUUUUGAACACGUGCGCGAUCCACGGUGGCGUCGCGUGGUUCAUAGUAGGUACGAAGAAGUAGAAGAAGAAGAAGAAGGUAGGCAGGCUGAUGAGAAGGUGGAGGCAUAAGGAAGCACGGGACUCUUUGGCACAAGCCACCUUCCCAAGCAACCCUUCGCGAGGAAGCAAGUAUACCUAAGCCCCUUGGUUAGGGGUGAAGGCGGCCAGCCGCGGAGGCCACAACACGACCACCGUCCUCAUUGGUCGGCGCGUCGUGUCUGGGUGGGGCUCCGGAAAAAUUGGAGGGGAGAAAAAUCCCCUCUAAAUAGCUGUGGCUCCAGCCACGAAAAACUAGAAUCCGCUCAGCCGGCAUCGAGAGUGUGUGUCGGUUCAAUUUUUGUCUUCCUCUGCCUUAAUCAUAUAUAUAUAUAUAUAGUUAUACCAGCUUCAAAGUUUGAAAAUUUUUUUUUAGUUUUGAAGUGUAGUUUGCUUAACGAGUGAAAAAGUGAAUUGAACUUAGUGUUGUUUCUCUUAAAAAACUGAGGAUUUACAGUUUUUUUUUUCUUUCGUUUUUUGAUUUUACGUUGGACUAAGGUGUUUUUUGAUUGUGCUAUUCGCGCCAUAGGAUGCAUCUACCGGAAGGACCAAUCGGGAUGGAGAGCUUCAGCGCCAUCCACGAUGCACUUAGAGCUUGCCAUGGUGAUUUAGUGCAAACCGGAAGUCCUGCAAUUCUCUGCAGUGUAUUACCAACACAUUGGAGGUCGAACAAAUCUUUGCCAGUUGCAUUCAAGGUCGUUGCACUUGACGAGGUCACCGACGGUACCAUCGUCACUAUUCGUGCUGGAAACGAUGAAAAUUGCUGCGGCGAACUUAGAAAUUGCACUGCUGUGAUGAAAAAUCAAGUUGCCAAGUUUAAUGAUCUUCGAUUUGUUGGACGAAGUGGAAGAGGAAAAUCGUUUUCCCUCACAAUACAAAUCAGCACGGUGCCUUUCCAAGUGGCAACGUACACGAAAGCCAUCAAAGUCACCGUUGAUGGACCACGAGAACCACGAUCCAAGUCAAAUUAUCAAUAUGGACCAGGCUUCCCUGGACUUGGACUCCUAAAUCCAUGGUUGGAUGCUGCAUACCUUGGUCAUGCCUGGCACCUGCCUCAUCCGGCUCUUGUCAAAGGUACGAUGCCAAUGCCACAUACGGAUUUAUUUGCUCCGAGUUUCACGUCAAGUGUGAUGCCAUCAUAUCCAUUUGUCGAUCCAAUGAAAUACGAAUAUCCACAAUUACCGCCAAAGACGACAACAUUGAUGUUACCCAAUAGUCCAUCAAGAACACCACCACGUAGUCCAAGUGACAGUGGAAGUGAAUCGGCAGCUGAAGAAGUACGAAGUGCCUUUGUGCCAAUUCGUCUCAAUACAUUGCCGUCAGUUAAUUCUCUAACACCAUCUUCAUCAUCACCCGAGAGGACAACGACCCUAUCAUCAUCAAAGAAACCAUCAGAUGGCACAAGAAAUGAAUUAAAAGCACCAGUUGCACUCAUCAGUCAUCGUUUAUUAAACAAUAAAAGAAGUUCAUCACCAACAAAAAUCUCAUCGCCACAAGCACCAAAACCAGUUUGGAGGCCGUACUAGGAUUCAAUAAAUUACCUCGAUCCAGGAUGAACUGGAAAAUUUAAGUUAACAAAAAAAAAAAGGCUAGUGAUACUCAACGCUUGGCGUUGUUGCAUUAUUUUUUAACACUGUUUCAGGCCCAAAUUGUAUAGGAAAUAAUUUUUGCUUUAUAUUUUUCAAAAAUAUAAAAUUUCAUUUCAAUUUGUGAAUAAUUAAGCCUCCUUUUAAAAACAGUGCAAAUUAUCUUCGGUUUUACGAAGACUAUAUGGUGAUGAGAAAUUUUUUGUGAUGCUCGGGUCAAAUAAAAAUUGACGUGUAAAUAUAUAUAUAUAUAAAAAAAGAAAUAACUGUACAUAUUGUAAAUAAUUCAUGGACAAUAAGAUAUAUGAAAAAAAGCAAAUAUAUAUAUAUGGAAACGUAUACGUGAGAGAAAAACUGGGAAGAGAGAGUGCAAAAAGAUUAAAUUGUAUAAUUAGCGUCCAUAAGUCAAGAGAUUUAAUUUAUAAUGUAUAAAGAGAUAUUAUAAAAAGAAUUAUAGAUGAGAUGUGGGAGAAAAUAAAUAAAUCUAUGUGAAACACAA